GCAUGAUUCAAAAAUCUACUAACUGCUGACAGGAAGUCGUCAGCACGCUCAUACGUCACUUCACUCCAAUACGGAAGAGGUCGUCAUCGUUAAGGCUGUGAGUUGGAAGCACGGAUAUGUCGUGGAUAAAAGAAGGCGAGUUGUCCCUGCUUGAAAAGAUUUCUGCCAAUAUCCUAAAGGCAGGACCCAUGCCUAAACAUGUGGCCUUCAUCAUGGAUGGUAAUCGACGUUUUGCACGUAAGAAAAACAUGGAACGGCAGGAAGGACACAUGCAGGGCUUCAACAAGCUGGCAGAGACACUACGUUGGUGCAAGCAUCUGAACAUCCCAGAGGUGACGGUGUAUGCCUUCAGCAUUGAGAACUUCAAGCGCACCGAAGAUGAGGUGGAUGGUUUGAUGGAGCUCGCCAGGCAGAAGUUUGAAAGGCUGCUGGAGGAACAUGAAAAUCUAGAGAAACAUGGCGUUUGUAUCCGAGUGCUGGGCGACUUGAAUAUGCUGCCACUUGACCUUCAACAGCUUAUUGCCAAAGCCGUGUUCACAACCAGGAAUCACAAUAAGUGUUUUGUCAAUGUGUGUUUUGCCUACACAUCAAGAUAUGAAAUCACCAAUGCAGUCAGGGAAAUGGCAUGGGGAGUAGAGCAAGGCCUGAUCAAAGGAAGUGAUGUGUCGGAGGCAUUGCUAAGUGAGUGUCUGUACAGCAAUAACUCGCCAAAUCCUGAUUUGCUCAUCCGCACCUCUGGAGAGGUGCGCCUCAGCGACUUCCUUCUUUGGCAGACCUCUCACUCCUGCCUAGUAUUUCAGUCCGUUCUGUGGCCAGAGUACUCAUUCUGGAACCUGUGUGAAGCCAUUCUGCAGUAUCAAUUAAAUCACAAAUCCAUCCAGAAAGCUAGAGACCUCCAUCGAGAGCAUCAGGCUCUGCAGCAGCUAGAAGCAGAUCGUGCUUGUGUAGCAGAGCUCUUGCAGCAUCACAGCAAUGGAAAGCCCGUCGAUAGCCAGAGAAGACAAGAGGCGCUACUACACUACACUUCCUGCCGGGAAGAACGAGUUCGAGACUUCCUAGAAGCACUGAAGCACAAAAGAGACUCUUUCUUUUCUGACUUAUGCAGUGAAUCCUUGUUGGCCUAAGAAUACAUAGAAGAACAAAUCCUCUGAAGCGGGGACGAAGCCUCUCCUAUAUCCUCUUCCCAAAAGGGCUUCUGUGGAAAAGGGAAGAGCAAGCAGUAACUGGGAGCGGUUUUAUUUUGUUGCUGAUUCAUAUAAGAGGGCAGUUUUACCCCUAUGGGGCUGUAGAAUAAUCCUGCUAUUUAUGAUUGUAGAUUUAAAAACUCUAAUAGGUGGAAAUGACUGGUCAAGAUGUAGUUAAAUCAUCGUAUAAACUGUCAGUUAAAUGCAUGCCGUUGAACGGAAGGUCAUUUUAUGUGAGUGAAAGCCACGGAUCCUGUGUUUUGGUUCCAAAACAUUCGUCCACAGAACUUUUAAAUUGUUGUUGAAGCAUAAAGUGUUGUUUGUUGACUGUGAUUUUGAUUACAUAACUAUAUUUUGACCAGCUUUCUGGAACAAAAUAAAAUGAUUACUGUAUGUCAGAUAUGAUUAAAUGAUGUGAAAUUCUCUGUUUUGUACUUACAUACUACAAGUCUAAGCUUUUGUCUCCAUUUGGCUUCCAAAAUAUGGUUAUCUAUUGUCUUAACUUGUGCAGCAAAAAAUAUGUGUGUGGUCCAUGCUGCUGAUAUAUAUGGACUCUCAGGGGGAAAACUGGUGAUGGUGUUUUAUUGGAUUAACGAGUCGUUUUUGCAAGUAGAUGACUUUCAGCACAUAAAAGUGUACCUAUAUAAUUUCUGCUGCUACCUGUUGGAAGUAUUGAGCCUUAAAGCUUAUCAACUACUAAUACGCUAUGUAUUGCAAAAAUUUAAAUAACUGCUUGUAAUUGCUAUUCUGCAUCUCAGUUGGUGGUAUAUCACAAGCAAAGAACCACUUUUACUUUUUUCCAGCUGGAUGUUUGUUGGGUUUUGUUUAUUUGGGAAAAAAUUGAAGAAAAAAUGUCCCAAUUCUAUCCAAGAAGUCCUCAGUCUUUAAAUCACAAACUCAAAUGCAAGACAUCUCUUCAUCAAAUCAUCAUAUUUGGAUCUUGUCCCUCCAGAGGAAACACUUCUAGGAACCAAUUUUAUUUAACUUGCAUCAUCUAUACACUGACAGAAGAAUUGAUAAACUUUGGUAGAACUAGAAACACCAUACUAUAAACAUACUGCCCCACAAAAAUAUGCUUAUAUACACAUACAUAGGUAUAAGCAUGAAUUUAUACUACUCAUCAGGCGUACAGUACUGGAAUAUUACUACUAAUGCACAGACAUGUGAACAGUAUUUUAGUGUUGAAUAGGUAUCCUACUUUUAGCUAUUUAAUAUAUAGUCAGAUAGCUUAAAAUCCACUAAACAUCUACCAGUUACAAAUUGUAUGUCUGUAUUAGUAUUUCUUCACACAACGCUUGGUUUGACCCUCAAUCCCUCAGGUAAUAAUAAUAAUGACUAAAUGUUGAUUUCUGGUUUUACACAGGGCUAAAAUUACAGUCUUACAUGCCCAAGCCAAAUAGAUAUAUUCAUCCACCACAAGCUGACAGAAAGCACCAUAGUCUAAUCUUCACCCGCGACCGUCUUUUGCCUCAAAGCUAUGACAUCAAACAACGUGAUUGGUCAGUUGCAACGCAGGGAUAUUAAAUAUACCAUAAAAUUUGGUUCUGGCGGACUUUGCGAGCAAAAAAUUGUUCAGUUUAUCCGAUAGACGGUGAGAAAAGGUGCAACGACUUUGACGCGCCAUUAUCUGCGUAUUUAUUUUUUCGAUUACAGCAGAACGAAUCAGUCGUUCAUACAGCGCCACCCCGCGACUAUAAUCCGUAUUCCUUCAAGUUGCCGUCUGCCUUUUUAACAAAUGGGAGGCGCCUCCAACCCACGUGACGCCUUUCUAUCCAAUGGCGAGAUUCGAAACACAAAACUGGUUCAAACCGGUUUCGUUCUUAUAUUUCAGUGUAUAAACUACAAGAACAUUCGUUUGCAUUAUACAUUCGCCAUUUUCCGCUGUGAGCGCUUGGUUGGCGUCUGUUAUCGCUUCGAAAAAAGCCAUUUUCGCAGCUGUAUUUUCCUGACAUUUUUCUUCGUUUCCCGCUGAGAACAUGGGCAAAGCAAAGGCACCUGCUUCCUCUGAGCCUAAGAGAACCUCUGCACGGCUGGCAUUAAAACCGAAACCUGCAGCAGUGGAGGCUAAGAAAAAGGCUGUUGCAAAGAGGGCACCCAAAACAAAGAAAGCCAAACCCGCUGAGAAUGGGAGCACCAAGGCUGAGGAGCCCAAGGCUGAAGCCACUGAAGCCAAAUGAAUAGUGGUUGAUGUGCUCACUCUGUGUACUUGGUGAUUGUACAGUUUUAAAUAAGUAUUUUUUACCAAGUUUUAUAUUACAAAUGUCAUUUAUAGUUUUGUUUUUGGCUUGCACUUGAUGUAACAAAAUUUUGUUUUCACAUUCAUAUCCAUUUUAUAUCAAUUUAAAAAACGGAUACCGUCCAUAUCCUGUAGUCGUGGCAUUUUUUUAGUUUGUCUAAUCCAGAUUUGUUUUAAACUUCUAAACAACAGAUGUAACAGCUUUUCCAACAAGUUGGAUUUUGAAUCUAAUUGUAAACAUAAGGCAGCUAAAGCAUAAAAUCUUGCAGGAGAAUAUGAAUUUGCCGCUUAUCUCCUUGUAGUUUAAUGUUGAACUAAUAAAAUUAUUGCUUUCCAAAUGUUUUAAAAACAUUGUAUGUUGAUGUAAAAUGCCACAGACAAAAAAAAAGAAUACUGUUAUUAGGUCAAAAAAAAUGUUUAAGUUUGAUGCGUCCCAAAAAAAUGGCUGAUGUGAACCCAGUCAUCUGAUAAAAACUUCUGUUAAGUUAUGUUUCUGUUUUCUGCUUUUCUGACUCCAAUGGUUGAUCUUAAUGUUCUUGAAUAAAAAUUUUCAAAAUGUC